CUACGCUGCGCUGACUUCACAGUAGCAACUUUCAAAGAAUAAGAAGUAAACUAGACCAAAUCUCUACUCUAGCACAACUUAUUCAGAAUAAGUAACUGGUAGUAGAUAUAGGUACAAUUUAACCGGUACCUCAGAAUUAUUUGUAAUUCAACUGCGGUACUUCAAUACUAAAAGCAUGACGGCAUUUUCUAUCAACAUUAACAGUUAAAUGAAAGUAUUUAUAAAUAACAAUAAAUGGACGCACAAUGAUAAACAUAUUUUCAAUUGUGAUGAUUGUGUUUGUUUUUACAAUGUUGGCAUCUUCGUGGAUGUGCGUCAAUUGUGAUUGCAUUAAUGAUACCAAAGGUUUUAAUGUUACAGCCAGAAAAAAGUCUAAUACCGACAUCCUAUCCAUGAUUCUGCCAAACUUGGCCAUGCCGUUCAUAAUGCAGGCGAUGUUUCUUCCCUUGGUGCUGGUUUUUAUGAAGCUGUCGGUUCUUAAAAGUAUAUUAAUUGGAAAAUUGGGUAUACUUAUAUGGAUAUACAACAUAAUACACAACAGCAGUAACCCACCGGGAGCAUUGUACAGUCACAGCGUCGAUAUCAAACACCAUGGAAAUGCAGGAGAUAAUAAAUAUGGAGGGUAUUCUAAAAGGAGAAAAAGACGAUGAAAAAGGAUGAAGACUUUUUACUUUUAAUUAUGCGGUCUAGUCAUGCAAUCGUUUAUUUAUUGUGUACAUAACACGCUAUAUUAGUGAUGACGUAAUUUGUCUUCCACUGAUGAAGACAGUAGACAUUAUAGAUAUUUAUUAACAUUUUAUUUCUUUUAUUUUCAAGAUUGUAGGUACACAUUGAAACAUUAAAAAUAAUUUUGUUACAUAC